AUGGAGAAAAACAAUGAGAGCUCUGGGGACUUUAUCCUCCUGGGCUUCUCUGACUGGCCCAGGCUGGAGAUGGUCCUCUUUGUUGUCAAUAUGGUCUUUUACUUUCUGGCUGUCACGGGCAACUCCACCAUCAUCUUCCUCUCCCUAGCGGACCUUCGGCUGCACACGCCCAUGUACUUCUUCCUCAGCAACCUGUCCCUUCUCGACCUCUGCUACACAACAAGUAGCAUUCCCCAGCUUCAGGUCAACCUCUGGGGCCCGCGGAAGACCAUAAGCUUUGUAGGGUGUGUCAUUCAGCUCUUUGCCUUCCUGUCUGUGGGGGGCAUCGAGUGCAUCCUCCUAUCAGUUAUGGCCUAUGACCGCUUCGUGGCUGUCUGCAAGCCUCUGCAUUACCUGACCAUCAUGCACCCGCGACUCUGCCUGAAGCUAGCAGCCUUUGCCUGGCUCAGUGGCAUUGCUAAUUCCAUACUGAUGUCCCCGUUGACCAUGUCUCUGGGGCGAUGUGGUCAUCGCCGCAUCAACCACUUUGUGUGUGAGAUGCCGGCCAUCAUCCGCAUCUCUUGUGUGGACACAAGCCGGGUAGAAGGCCUAGCUUUCUUUCUGGCCAUCCCCAUUGUCCUUGUGCCUCUCACCAUGAUCCUGGUCUCCUAUGGCUACAUCGCCGCUGCGGUGUUGAGAAUCAAGUCCGCGGCUGGUCGGCGCAAGGCCUUCAACACCUGCUCUUCACACAUGGUGGUGGUGUCUCUUUUCUACAGUACCAUCAUCUACAUGUACAUGCAGCCUGGGAAAGUGGCAAGCCAGGACCAGGGCAAGUUUCUCACCCUGUUCUACUGCCUGGUGACCCCCACAUUGAACCCUUUCAUCUACUCGCUCAGAAACAAAGACAUGAAGGCAGCCAUGUUGAAGGUUCUUGGGAAAGAUAGAAGCCUGCUGGACGCUCGGGGCACUGAUGGGGCCUGGAACUCACCUCAGGUGUUCACUCAUCUCAGAACCGUGGUGAAUGAUAACGGCAAUAAGCUGAUGAUGGUGAAGACUUGGGGGCUGGUAUUCCAGAGGUUCCAGACCAGUGACAUGUAUUACUGCCUUCAGGGAAUAGCCCUUCAUGUCAUUGGGGGGAUGUGGCUAUUGGCAAAAGACAAUAAACUGACAGGAAGAGGCACUCAGCUUUCUUUUUGCACCAAGAGGAGACAGUGA